AUGGCCGCAGCUCCUUCGUUGUAUCACUCCUCUGCUAGAUUUUGCUGCUCACAGUUGGAUUAUGAGAAGCACGUGUAUGGCACAGCCCGCUGCUAUAGCUCCUCAGAAGCCAGUCUGAACUCCACUUCCUGGUUUGCUGAUAACAUCGGUUCCUUCAUCAUCUUCAUCACAAUCAGUGACCUCCAGUCAUUCGUAUCAGACAGCCAGAUCGGGCUCUUCUUGGAGGACUCAGAGAACCUUCAACUGUUUAACAACUCAGAAAUUUCAGUCAGUGUGAUACAGUACUACACCACCCAGCUUUACAUCCACAAUCCAGACUUCAGCCCCCUCAGUUUACCAGGCGUGCUGCUGUGUCAAGCUCCUUCCUCCAUGUUUGCUCCUCUCGGAGUUAACGACACCACCACCGUCCUGACGAGCAUCAACGACUUCUGCACGGAGACCGAUCCAGAGAUCACUGCAACGCUGGUGAAUAAGUUCCCCACUCUUUCUACAUCCGUCAUCCAAUUGCUGGGCAGCCAAAGCAGUGGACUGACUGUGGGCCAGAUAAGCUCCGCCCCUCCCAGUGUCAUCAACAGUACUCUCUCUAUACUCAGUACUGUUACAGGCUGGGACCGAGGCCAAGCGAACGCCCUCGUCCAGAGCCUCAUCAGUGCAGGCUUUAAUAUCAACAGCGCCUCCUCUCUGGAGACUCUGGGCACGCUCGUCGCAGGCAUUCCCUCAGAAACCCUUACCAACAUACCAGCCGACGAGCUUCUGUCUCUGACCCAGAAUCCCACAUUCAUCAACAAUCUUCUGUCAGCACCAGUGAUUCUACAACAAACAUUUGUCCAGGAGAUCGUCUCUGUAGACGAGAGCAAAGUCAUAGAAAAUGUUCCUGAUCAGCUGGUGAUGUAUAUCCCACUGGUUCUACUCACGUCACUGAGCUCUGUUAAUGUUUCACUCAUCAAUGAGAAAAGCUGGAGUCAUGAACAGGCUGUGAUGCUGUUUGGUGCCGUGGCCAAUGCCGUGGAUAACACAGAAGAGCUGUCAGAAUCACUUCUGCAGGGAUUUAGCUGCAGCUCAGUCCAGACACUUCCAGAAGAGAAAGUUAAAGAGCUGGUGAAAGCCUGUAGACCACGUGAACACAGACACAAGAUCUUCCUGACAGAGUCUCAGAUAACUUGCAUGUACAACUACAUGAAAGACGACACAUCUGUAAGCUUUGAUGAAGUUCCCUCUGAAAUGCUUCUCUACUACAGCUAUGAGAAAGUACAGAAGGAAAAGUGCCAAUCAUAUUUCCAGGCCCUUGGCAAAGCUGAUUUCUCCAUUCUGUCCACCGUUCUCAACAAGAACAUCAUUCUGUUCAACAAUGCUCAGGACUGCCUGGGCAUAUCUGGUGUGAACCUCACAAGGGAUCAGGUGGAUGUUCUGGGUAACAUGGCCUGCACACUGGACUCAUCCUUCAUCCAAAACUCUGAUCCUGUCAUUGUGGAGAAGCUGAAGAAGUGUGGAGAUCUAUCUGACUCUCAGAUCACUGCUGUACAGUCACUACUCAUCCGUGGAAACACUCAUUAUGGUGAUCCUUCAACAUGGAAUGAAGACACCCUGGAGCAGCUGGACAUUCUACCACUCUACUUCAAAGCUGACUUCUGGGAUGGAUUCGACUCUGAUGUGAAGAAGACAUUCCUGAAAACCUUCAUUCCAGAAUUGAGGCAGGAAAACAUCCCCAUAGAGCAGCUCCAGACGUUCUUUACAGAAUGCAACACAGAUGUUGAAGCUACUUCAGUGAGCAGCAUCACAGCACUGACCAUUGCAGACCCAUCGUUUCCAGUGGGCUUCAGCUCCAGCCAGUUUGAUCUGUUCCUGGACAACACUGUCCUACAGGAAAACCUGGCAGCCAUCACUGAGAAGGUGGUGGACACCAGCUUCCAGACUGUCAUACUAGACAAGUUAACCCAGAUUUACCCAUCAGGCCUGGAUGACAGUGUGCUGCAGUUACUGGGUUCUACAUCUCGUGUAGCUACGAUUGAUCACAUCAGCAGAUGGAACAUCACCACAAUCGACACACUCUCCUCUCUGAUGGACUCAAACGAUGGAGACUGGGAGCCAGAAAAGAGUGAAGCAGUAAUCAUGAGGUAUCUGAGUGUGGAUGCUAAUACUCUGGGAGCUUCUGAACUACAUGUGAUUGGAUCCAACCUCUGUUCUCUGGAAGUCAGUGUACUGGAAAGCAUCUCUGCUGAAAGCCUGAUGACUGUCAAUUUGUCCUCAUGUAGCUUUGAGCAAAAAUCAGCUCUGUACAUCAUCGCCAUCUCUUCAUUUAGCAAUCAAACCCAUGAUGCCACCACAAACUACCUGCUCAUCGGUCCCUACCUUGGUGGAGCUUCACCAGAGGAUAUACAAGCCCUUUCUACUCAGCACAUCAGCAUGGACAUCACCACCUUCAUGAGCAACACCAACAACACCAAUACUGACAACACUAACACCAACACCAAUAACAACACCAACACUAACAACAACAACAACAGUGACAACAACACCAACACUGACAACACCACCAACACUGGCAACAACAAUAACACCCACACCAAUAACAACACUGACAACACCAACACUGACAAUAACAACACAGACAACACUAACAACACCAACACUGACAACACUAACACCAACACCAAUAACAACACAGACAACACCAACAACACCGAUACUGACAACACUAACACCAACACCGAUAACAACACCAACACCGAUAACAACACCAACACUAACAACAACAACAACAACACCAACAACACCAAUACUGACAACACUAACACCAACACCGAUAACAACACCAACACUAACAACAACAACAGUGACAACAACACCAACACUGACAACACCACCAACACUGGCAACAACAAUAACACCAACACCAAUAACAACACUGACAACACCAACACUGACAAUAACAACACAGACAACACUAACAACACCAACACUGACAACAACAACACCAACAGUAACAACACCAACACUAACAACAUCAACAGUAACAACACCAACACUGACAACACCAACACUGACAACACUGACAACACCAACAACAACACCAACAACACCAAUACUGACAACACUAACACCAACACCGAUAACAACACCAACACUAACAACAACAACAGUGACAACAACACCAACACUGACAACACCACCAACACUGGCAACAACAAUAACACCAACACCAAUAACAACACUGACAACACCAACACUGACAAUAACAACACAGACAACACUAACAACACCAACACUGAAAACAACAACAGUAACAACACCAACACUAACAACAUCAACAGUAACAACACCAACACUGACAACAACAACACCAACACUGACAACACCAACAGUAACAACACCAACACUGACAACACCAACAACACUGACAACAACACCAACACUGACAACACCAACAACACAAACAACACUGACAACAACAACACUGACAACACAAACAACACUGACAACAACAAUAACACCAACGCCAAUAACAACACAGACAACACCAACAACACCAAUACUGACAACACUAACACCAACACCGAUAACAACACCAACACUAACAACAACAACAGUGACAACACCACCAACACUGGCAACAACAAUAACACCAACACCAAUAACAACACUGACAACACCAACACUGACAAUAACAACACAGACAACACUAACAACACCAACACUGACAACAACAACACCAACAGUAACAACACCAACACUAACAUCAACAGUAACAACACCAACACUGACAACACUGACAACACCAACAGUAACAACACCAACACUGACAACACCAACAACACUGACAACAACACCAACACUGACAACACCAACAACACAAACAACACUGACAACAACAACACUGACAACACAAACAACACUGACAACAACAAUAACACCAACGCCAAUAACAACACAGACAACACCAACAACACCUACACUGACAACAACAAUAACACCAACACUAAUAACAACACAGACAACACCAACACUGACAACACCACCAACACUGACAACACCAAUAACACCAACACCAGUAACAACACAGACAACACCAACAACACCAAUACUGACAACACUAACACCAACACCGAUAACAACACCAACACUAACAACAACAACAGUGACAACACCACCAACACUGGCAACAACAAUAACACCAACACCAAUAACAACACUGACAACACCAACACUGACAAUAACAACACAGACAACACUAACAACACCAACACUGACAACAACAACACCAACAGUAACAACACCAACACUAACAACAUCAACAGUAACAACACCAACACUGACAACACUGACAACACCAACACUGACAACACCAACAGUAACAACACCAACACUGACAACACCAACAACACUGACAACAACACCAACACUGACAACACCAACAACACAAACAACACUGACAACUACAACACAAACAACACUGACAACAAUAACACCAACGCCAAUAACAACACAGACAACACCAACAACACCUACACUGACAACAACAAUAACACCAACACUAAUAACAACACAGACAACAACAACACUGACAAUAACAACACAGACAACACUAACAACACCAACACUGACAACACCACCAACACUGACAACAACACUGACACCAACACCAACACUGACAACAACAAUAACAACAACACUGACAACACCAACAGUAACAACACUGACACCAACAACACCAACAACAAUGACACCAACAACACCAAUACUGACAACAGCACUAACACCGACAACAACACCAUCACCGACAACACUGACAACAACACCAACACUGACAACACAAACAACACUGACAACAACACCAACAGUAACAACACCAACACUGACAACACCAACAACACUGACAACAACACCAACACUGACAACACCAACAACACUGACAACAACAACACUGACAACACAAAUAACACUGACAACAACAAUAACACCAACGCCAAUAACAACACAGACAACACCAACAACACCAACACUGACAACAAUAACACCAACACCAAUAACAACACAGACAACACCAACACUGACAAUAACAACACAGACAACACUAACAACACCAACACUGACAACACCAAUAACACCAACACCAGUAACAACACAGACAACACCAACAACACCAAUACUGACAACACUAACACCAACACAAACAACAACACCGACAACACCAACACUGACAACAACAACACCAACACUGACAACAACAAUAACAACACUGACACCAACAACACCAAUACUGACAACAGCACUAACACUGACAACAACAACACCGACAACACCAACACUGACAACAACAUCGUUUCAUCUCCCAACAACAAUCCUUGUCAAGGUGUAGACAGCACCUCCCUCUUAUCUGGAAGUGGUUCUGCAGUCCUGUGCUCCUUCAGCAUCUCUAACUACAUGUGCCCAUCUGUGAGCAAGGUCACUGUUCUGUCCUCCAAUGACUUGGCCACACUACUCACAUGCAAAGUGUCAGGCAGCGUGAUCUACUCCAAAGAAGAUUGGAAGCUUUUUUUCCAAAAGUUUGCAACACCUCUGGAUGAAGCUCUGGCUCUGUACUCCAACACAACCCCUAGCAGCAAUAAGCCAAACCCAAAUAUUCUUGAUGCCAUUGGUGAAGUGAAGAUCAACAGCUUCACUGAUGCACAGCUAAUGGAUGAAUCUUUCAUCUCCCAGUGGUUCCACAUCAGACUAAGACCAUUUUUGUCAUCAGUCUCCAUUGAUUUCCUUUCAGGUCUUAGUUCCAAGACGUUCAGCUGCCAGACCUACCAAAUUGUGGUGGAGGUUCUUAGUAGUCAAGAAACCAUGGAAGAGCAACAAAAACAGUCCAUCUUUACUGAUUUCAUCUUCCCCUUCCUUUCAAGAAAAGACCUACCAGAUCCAGCAUGUGUCUCCAGCAUGGAGGGCAGUGACAACUGGCUUGAAAAGAAUGUUGGCAAAUUCUCCAUAUAUGGCACCUUAACAGAACUCCAAGAGCUUAAUAAAAAUUUCUCCAGUGUGGCGGUAUUGGACUUACUGUCCAGUGAGCAAAAGGCACAGUUGAUCCUGCAGUCCAAUUUAGGGGUAACAGAAAGUGACUCUGUGUUCAAAGAGGUAUUUAGCAGUGUGCUCAUGUCAUCAGAUCCAAAACAAGUUGACAGCUUCUUUACCGCUGUCACCAAGAGUGCAGGAGAGAUACACAACAUUCCACUACACAAGCUUACAGAAGGACCAAAUGUUUUAAGCUGUUAUCAAGGAGGAAGCUACUUUGUGUUCCUGAAAGACUUCUUCGCCAGUUUUGGAGUUCCUAACUUAUUUGACUUCCUGUCCAUAAUUCCAACAGAAAAACAACCUGAGUUGCUGAACUCAAUUACCACAGUAGAGCUAAGUGAGAUUCUGAAUCAGGAGAGCACAGUCAUCAAACAUUCUGAACUCUGCACACUUCUCAACAACUACAAAAGAACCAAUGAAUAUCUUGAGAUGGAGCCAGUGAUAUCCUCAAGUUUGGCCAGGCAGACACUGGAGUGUGUUUGGAAUCGUGCUCUCAGUGCAUCGUCUCAGGCCGAAGCAGAUCAGUGGUUUGAAGUCACACUUGUUCGCUAUCUGCCCUUCCUCAGCUUUACGCAGAUCAGCUCUACCAUGCUCAGCAGUGCCUCCUGCCUGUCGUACAGGAAACUAGUGUCUGUCCUGGGGUCAAACUACAAAUUUACAACGACUGAUUUUACUCCAGCUGAUGUGUACAACUCAAUAAAGGAAUAUCUGAAAAGCAAUGACGGCACACCUCGCUGCUAUAACCCCUCAGAUCUACUUCUAAGUUCCACCUCAUGGUUUGCUGACAACAUUGGAUUCUUUAUCACCUUCAUCUCCCUCAGUGACCUUCAGUCAUUUGUAUCAAACGACAAGAUUGGUGUUUUCUUGGAGAACCCGAAGAAUAUUCAUUUGUUUAACAACACUGCAAUUCCAGCUGAUGUCAGAAUAUUCUACACAACCCAACUAUGUAUCCAGAAUCCCAACAUUAACCCCCUCAGUUUGCCAGACAUUCUUCUGUGUGGAGCGCCUAGCUCUGUGUUUACCCCUCUUGGAGUUGCAGACAGCAAAAUCAUACUUGACAGCAUUAGCAAAUUCUGCAAUAAAACGGAUCCAGAGGUCACAGCGGUGCUACUGUCAAAGAUUCCAACUGUAUCCACAUCCACUAUUGAAUCGCUGGGAAAUAACAGUGUUGUCCUGACUGUGAGCCAGAUAAGCUCCGCCCCUCCCAGUGUCAUAAACAGUGCUUUGUCUACACUCAGUACUGUUGUUGGCUGGGACCAGGGCCAAGCAAAUGCCAUCAUUCAGAGUCUCUUUAGCGCAGGCUAUAAUAUCAACAGUGCUUCAUCCUUGGUGACUCUGGGCACACUUGUUGAAGGCAUUUCCUCAGAAGUUCUUUCAGGCAUUCCAUCCUCUGAGCUCCUGAUUUUAACCCAAAAUCCUACAUUCAUAAAUAGCCUUCAGUCAGCACCAGUGAUUCUACAAGAAACUUUUGUCCAGAAGAUUGUCUCUGCAGACCAAACCAAAGUGAUAGAGAAUGUUCCAGAUAAACUGGUGACAUACAUUCCAUUAGUACUGCUGGCCUCUUCCACUUCAAUUGAUCUUUCACUCGUCAAUAAGAAGAGCUGGAAUCAUGAGCAGGCUAUGAUGCUGUUUGGUGCAGUUGCCAGUACCAGUAGCAACACAGAAGAGCUGUCAGAAUCACUAUUACAGGGAAUCACCUGCAGCUCAGUUCAAAGUUUCUCACAACAGAAAGUCAAAGAACUGGUGAAAGCCUGUAGACCACGUGGAGGCAGAAACAAGGUCUUCCUGAAGGAGUCUCAGCUGACCUGCAUGAACAACUACAUGAAGGAUGACUCUUCUGUAAACUUCAAUGAACUACCAUCUGAUAUGCUCCUCUACUACAACUAUGAAAAAGUGCAGAAAGUGAACUGCAAGGCGUAUUUCUCUGCUCUGAGCAGAGCAGAUUUCUCUGUUCCCUCCAGUGUCCUCAACAAAGACACUAUCCUGUUCAACAAUGCACGGGAUUGCCUGGGUAUAUCUAGUGUGAGUCUGACCAAGGAUCAGGUAGAUGUGCUGGGUAACAUGGUCUGCACACUGGACGCCUCCUACAUUCAGAGCUCUGAUCCUCUUAUCGUGGAGAAGCUAAAGAAUUGUGAUGAUCUUACUGAAUCUCAGGUCACAGCUCUACAGUCACUGCUUUUCAGCGGCAACACCAUUUACGGAAAUCCCUCAACAUGGAACCAACAGACUCUAGAGAAGCUGGAAAAUCUACCUCUCUACUUUAAUUCCAACUUCUGGGCCCUAUUCAACUCUGAUGAAAAGAAGAAUGAAAAGAAGACGUUUUUAAAGUCUUUCAUGCCAGAUUUGAGGAACAAGAAGACCCCAGUAAAGAAGCUGCAGACAAUGUUCACAGCAUGCAACUCAGCUUCUACAGGCAGAUCAUUCCGUGCUCUAGCAUCAUGCACAACAAGUACCAUCACAUCGGCGACAAUUCAAGAUGGGUCAUUUCCUCUGGGCUAUGACUUCUCCCAGUUUGAUGCAUGUCUGGACAACACUGUCCUAAAGGACAACCUAGCAGCAAUUACUGAGAAAGUAGUGGACAUCAACUUCCAGACUGUCAUCUUGGACAGAUUAAACCAGCUUUUCCCGUCAGGCCUUAAUGACAGUGUGCUGCAGUUACUGGGCUCUACAUCACGUGCGGCCACUAUACAAGACAUCAACAGAUGGAACAUCACCACAAUCGACACACUCUCUUCUCUGAUGAAUUCAGAUAAUGGAGCAUGGGAGCCAGAAAAGAGUAAAGCUGUGAUUAUGAGGUAUCUGAGUGUGGAUGGAAAUAAACUGGAAAGUUCUGAGCUCAACGCAAUUGGUACCAACCUCUGUUCCUUGGACAUUAGUGUACUAAGAAGCAUCACAACUGACAGCCUAAAGGCUGCAAAUACUCCAGAUCUGACCUCCUGUACCAUCGAGCAGCAAUCAACACUGUACAGCAUUGCCACCUCCUCAUUUAAUGCUCAGCACAGCGAUGCCAAAACAUACUUCCAACUCAUCAGCGCUUACCUGGGAGGAGCUUCUGUGGAGGAUAUACGAACUCUUUCUACUCAGAACAUCAGCAUGGACAUCACCAACUUCUUGACUCUGAACCCCAAGGUUGUUGAGGCCCUAAAUGUGACGACUGUAAAAGCUCUGCUGGGCGUAAACGUGGCAGAUCUGAAGCUGUUUGGGAACUCCCCAGUGAUUCAAUCCUGGGUGGCACUACAGUACCAGUCUGACCUGAACACCCUGAACAUCGGACUGAUGGGCGGCAAAGAACAGCAGGGGAUAACAGGGGCCGCCACCACCAUUCAAGUUCCAGGUUCAGGAGCUACAGGACAUCGUGCUGGAGGAUGGAUAAUCUCUCUGUGGGUCGGACUGCUGACUAUCACACUCUACACACAAUGAUAAACCACACACACACACACACACACACACCUAACACCAAAUCAAUGAUUCUUUUUAUUCUCACUGAUUUCUAAAAAGACACAUUUUAAUUUCUACAUUUUUGUCAUAUUUAAUGAAGCUUUAAUUGUUCUUUAAUCACUAUAUUUUUUCUUUAGUAUUUAUGUAUUAAAUUAUCUGUACAUCUAAUCACUGAGAUACUUGAUAGUUGUGCACAAUAUGUCUCUAAAUGCAAAAGCACUUAUGAUGUACCUUAGAUCAAUUAUGAUUAUUCUGUUUGCACAUUUUCAUUCUUACUGUAAUCUUU